CAUUAGUGAAUCUUGUUUGUGGCAUUCGCUCAAUAUAGUAUACAAAAGUUAAUAUUAAUUUUAAUUGUUUUUAAUUAAACUAUUUAUGGUAUACAGUUAUUAAUUAGUAUUAUUUAAGUAGUUGUUGUGAUGUUAUUACAUAAUAAACAUGUCUAACGAGACCUGGAAACUUGAGAAGGAUCUCUGUCGUUGUUGUCAUUCAGAAGGUUCCUUCAAGAAUCUAUCGGAGACUUCUGACGAGGGCCAGGAAGUAUACUCCGAUAUGUUGCAGUUCGCUCUAGAUAUUAAUGUGUUACCAGUAGCUGGUAUGCUGUGCUGUGUCACGUACACGAUAUGUGAGCAGUGUUCAGACAGGCUGCGAGAUGCGGUCAGCUUCAAACGGCAAGUGCUGCAGUGCGAGGAGCGAUUUCGGGAUAUGUAUGACAAGGAUGGCAUUAAAGUGCUCACAACUGGUGAUUUAAAAGUGAAAGAAGAAGUGCCCGAAGAGUAUCCUGAAGUUGACGGCAAACCAGACCUGCCGACCAUGGAUGGUGACGAUAGCGAUGAUUUCCCAUUAAAUGAUCUCAACAGCGAAGAAAUCAAACAGGAGGACCCGAAGAAAAGUAAACCCAAGAAGGCGAAACAGAAGAAGAAACUCGGCCGGCCGAAGAAGACUGACGCGGGGAACGGAGAGAAGAAAGGCGGCAAGACGCCUACGAAGUCCAUCUUUCGGCUGCAAGAGGCCGACUACACCAGAGACGGAGAGCAGUACGUGUGCGGACGAUGCGAUAAGAGAUACGACAAGAUCUUCUCCCUAAGGUUUCACGUGAAGACCAAACAUUACAAGAUACCGAGGUUCUCUUGUCCGUAUUGCAUGGAGACCUUCUUCACUCCGGCUCCUCUGACCGUCCACAAGCUCCAGGAACACAACAUAGAUGAUAGGUUUAACUGUAACGCCUGCAAAGGGACAUUCAAUACUAAAAUACAGUUAAGGAAGCACAUAAACAAUUUCCAUAUGCUGGGCGAAAAAUACAAGUGUGAAUUUUGUGAGUACGAAUCAUUCAGUUUCGAAGGUCUGUACAAACAUAAGUUUAAACACAAAACUGUGAAAGAUUACCACUGUAGGUUCUGCAGGAAAUCGUUUUUGAGGAAGACGACCCUGGACCUUCAUGAGAGGAUACACACAGGUGACAGGCGGAAGAUAUGUAAGGUGUGCGGCCAAGCGUUCGUUCAGAAGGCAAGUCUCAAUUAUCAUAUGACUAAAUAUCAUCCAGAGGUGAAUUUCUAGUGAUGCGAAACGGUGAUGUGUAUGUCAAAUGAUCAUAGUGACUGUUAUAAUGACGUUAGUGUUUUUUAACAACUUUUAGCCGCGACUUUGUCUGUGUGACGAGGAUAUGUUCGCUGACCGGGUGAAAAAAUAGCCUGUGUCCUUCUCCAUCCGAUAUAGUACCUGUUAACCAGAUUUUAUAGAGAUUGGUUAAGGCGAUAAGAGGUAACAGACAAACAAACUCGAUUUCACAUUUGUAAUUUUAGUAUGGAUUUUGGUGGUAGAUACCACUUCAAUAUGGCGUAUUAAAAUAAACAUAUGUCAGAUUUUAAGUUAGGCCUGCGGGAAUACAACUGUGAAAUUCGUUUUUAAUUUGGUGCAAAUAAAUAAAUAAUGUCUCAUAUAAAUGUAUUUUGUUUCACUGUAUAAUUUUAAAUGUCCAUAUAUUGUACGCUUAUAUAGCAGGACAUGGAGAUACUAUUUAACUCAUGUAAUACCUUAAUUUAACCUAUGAUCCACAGUAAAGUCUUUGUAUUUGUAUUUAUUUGUAUUUGCAAUAUAUUUGCGUGAUGUCGUAAUAAACACACAGACAGCCAAAAUUUUUAUAAAUUGUUGUCGCAUUUAUCACUCUUAUUAAGACCCCUUAUAUUGUUUUAUCUAAAAAAAAAUCCCUAUGUACAUGGUUUGGUUACAAUUUUAUUACAUCAAUAAUAUAUAUGUAAAAUAUUUGACAACACGUUAUUUGGGACUGUGACGUCACAUAUCGUCAUUUAUUACAAACUGUUAUUUUUUUAAAUGCUAUUUCUUUAUACGUGUUAAACAUUUUUUAACGGGUGACGUAAAUAAUAAUAAUAAUAAACUCUUUAUUGCGCACAGUAGAGAUGUAUACAAGGAGUAUUUAUACAGAAUGUGCAUAUACAAAAGGCGGCCUUAUCGCUAAAAGCAAUCUCUUACAGACAACCUGGCAUUUUGUAAAUUGUAUCACAUUAUAUGUAUUGAUUGGAAUUUUACUCGUAUUGUUAAAUAAUAACUAUCGGGAGUUAUACUACGGUAUUACUCACGUUUUAAAUUCGGGGAUGCCCAACUAGUAUUAUUAUUCUUUUAAUGUUAUUUCUUUAUUUUUAUGACAUAUAAUGACUCUGUGAUUUCGCGAGAAUAUCACGUAAUACAGUGACUGUAUCGUUAGUGCUGAAUUUUAGAUGUUAUUUCUUAUUUUUCAACCGAUUUCAAAAAAAGAAGUCCUCAAUUCUGUUGUAUUUUUUUAUAUUUAUUACCUCAUAUUUUGCCUACUUCUCAUACAUUAUCUACCAUAUCAUAGUUUAUCAUUUAGCCAUUUGAAACAUCUUUUUCUUAUCUGAAAAGAUAUCCUUCCAGACUGGUCUCAUACAAAUUUUAUUGAAAACCGUUCAGGAGUUUAGUUUUAAAUCCAAGUAACUGGUUACUUCACGAUUGAAAUUGGUGCUUUUUUUGUGAAACUAAUCCUACGUUAUGUAUUUUUUCUUUUUUUUUUUAUUGAAAGAAAAUGGACUGGUAAACCCGCUUGCGCUAAUGGGAUACGUUGGCGGGGCACCAGUAAAGGGUGAUCGAUGAGGAUGAAAACAGGCCAGUUAGCCCAUCAUAAUGAACUCAUCAGGAAUUAAUCAUGAUAGUUUCCAGGGGGAACGGCGAGGAGGUUGACCUGGUUGGAUAUAUUGCUAGCAAUGGGAUUCUUAAUCUCCAUUACUAACAAUCCCUUCCCCCCCUAAGUUAUGUAUUAUAGUUUUAAAAUAGAUAUCAUGUGGAAUUGAAACUGGAACGUGAACUGUGUAAUUUUAUUUGUAUUUUUUAAUUUUUUUUUUUUUAAAAACUAUUGCCUAAUCUAGAACUGUGAUUUGGCGAAUAUAUCACAUAAAUGCAGUGAUUAUAUCAUGUUAUUUUUUUUAGAUGCUAUUUUCUUUAAAUGUGAUUUUUAACACGUAUCAUGUUAUUUGGAACUGUGACUUAUGAGAGUGUAAUAUAACACAAAUAUUCAGCGACUGUAAUAGUAUUUUUUGUAUGCAAUUUGAUUAUUUUUAUAUAAAAUAAUUAUUAUGAUAUUUUUGGAUGCUAUUUCUUUAUUUUAUAUAAUAUUAUAGAUUUAAAAUAGAUAUCUUUAUAUGAUUUGAAACUUUAACGUCACAUAAUAUAAUAAGCAGUGACUUUAAUUUUAUUUUUUUAUAUAAAGUUAUUUUUUAUGAUAAUUCUCUAUUUUUAUUAUGAAUAUUUAAAAAUUAAUUAUAAUUAUUUUUAUAUAAUUUAAGAAUUUUGUGCUAAGUGGUUUUUUUUGUGCAAUAUUAACAAAUCAAAAGAAUAAAUAGGCACGAUAUAGUUUGAACUUUUUUUAAUUCUUUAAUCGUCACUUAUGAUUCUACCGCUGGGCUCGGAAUAAAUAUUAAUGAAAUAA